CUUCUGGAUUACUACGGACUCUAUAUGGUCCUUACAGACGCUGUGUACUCAUGUAUCACUCUCCUCCGUCAGUCGGCAGGUCAGAAGAGGACGCUCAGAAAUUGAGAAAGCGUAUCUCAAGGGCCUGCGACUCGUGUUACAAGAGAAAGAUUAAAUGUGAUGCUGCCGAACCCCAAUGUAACUGGUGCAGUCAUCAUGACAUUCCAUGUACUUUCACUCGGGUCAUUACGCGAAAACGGAAAGCCAAACAUGAUGCACGGGGCGAGAGAGAAACGCCUGGGUUGGCCGAGCGCAUUGAGCGUAUAGAGAAGUUCCUGACGGAGAAUCUUCUGAAGGAGCCUACACCAUCCGCGACACCACCUAGUAUCGUGCACCAAGAUACCCCUCCAGAGUCACAUCUGUUGAACCAUACCCUGGAGUUUCCAAAAGACUCACCCCCAUCAAAUGAGAACUCGGGCCCAUCUUCGGUACCUCUCCAUUUCGCGGGUCGAGAGCUGGGGUGCUUUAGCUUGUUCACCGGCAUCCCAUUACUACUGCCGGAGGGCAAGCGAUGGGUUCAAUCACGGACCGGACAGAACAUCUCACUCAGCAAACUGGUCAGCUCUAACAAACCGCCAUGGGAAAGGCAAAGGGCGCUGAGUUCCAAUGCGCUGGCGAUGAACCCGCAAACUGAGAACGCUUUCGAGCUACCUGAUCGAACGGUUAUCGAUAACUACUUCAAUCUGUUUUCCUUGUCAUUCAUGCGGCGCAUUUUUCCCGUUUUGGACCCCGUUCUUUUCAAGGAAACUAUCGAAAGCGCCUAUCAGCAACGUCACCUCAAGUUUUGUUAUGGAAAAGCUAGCCUCAAGGCAUGCGUCUUUGCUUUUGCUGCCUUUGUUUCUCUAGUGCCUCCGCCUGAUCUCGAACACCAGUAUAGAAGCUUGCCCCCUCUUGAUGGUGAGGCCUACUUUACAAAGGCUAUAUGUCUAGUGCCUCAGGUUCUGCAGGAAUCAGGCUCCGUGGAAGGAUUGCAGGUGGUCGUAAUGCUGGCACUCUAUGAACUGGUGACUGGGAAUCUACAGUCUGCUAGCUACUAUGGUUCAAUAGCAGCUCGCAUGAUAUUCUUAUUAGGCGGGCAUACCACAAUCCCUCUUGCUGAAGAUCCAGACUCGCCACCGACUGAUAUCACCCUAAGAACACAGAUGCAUGUUCGACGGAUAUUCUGGCUAUGUUAUACAAUUGAAAAAGACGUGUCUCUCCGUACUGGACAACCGCAAGCCUUCUCGGACGACAACUGUGACUUGACAAUACCCCCAAACUAUGGGGUGAAUUUAUUCACCUGCCCCCUUGACUACCAACAUGUGCCCCCGGGAGAAAUGCCCGAAGAUCCAGUAUAUCCGGUGGACAUUCGCCUCAGCAUAAUCAAGUCCCGAGCUUACAGUGCUCUAUACUCCUUCAAAGGCCUCAAGAAAACUGACGCCGAGAUCCUUAAAGAAAUCCGGGAACUGGACGACGAGCUCGAGAAAUGGCGCCUAUCAGUCCCUCUGCAAUGGCGACCUACCUUAUCCUUUUCACAAGAAACCCCAGACCCCAACGCCAACAUGCACUCGGUCAUCCUCCGACUAAACUACCAUCUCUGCAUGACCAUCAUCCACCAAGCCAGCGGCCGCUGCAGAUCCUGGUCCAAAGAACAAGGAGGAAUCAUGCACGGCGUGAACUCAAGUCUAGCUCUCUCCGUCGAAGCCAGUCGUUCAACCUUACUAUAUCUCCAAGCAUCAGAACACGUUCUAAUCGACGGCAUAUUCUGGACCCUAAUCUUCUACCCCAUGUCCGCCCUCCUCACCAUCUUUUGCAACAUCCUCCAAAACCCCUCCGACCCCCAAGCCACCAAAGACCUCGGUCUGCUCAAAAUAGCCAUGAGCAUGAUGGAACGAGUGUUUCUACGUCAACCGUCCUCCGUCAAUGAGAUCGUGCAUAUCAAAAUGGUGGCGGAUUUCGUGGCCGAAUUGUAUAGACUUGCUAGUUGUGCGAUUGAGAAGGCGUGGAGUGAGCGGCCUGGGUAGGUAGGAAGGUAGGUAGGGCAAGGGAUUGUGGCUGUUAGGUAGUAGAUAUUUAGAAGGUUCACUGUGAUGGGUAGGUACUUAGACUUGGCGUUUGGUUUGUGGGUUUUCUUGGGGAAGAGGGUCGGACUUGCGCUAUGCUAUGCAAGGGGGGUUGGAUGAUCGAUUACGCUACGUUAAAAAGCUUUACAGGAUUUAUUUACGAAAGCGGAGAGAAGAUUUUCCAAGAUAAUGAG